AUGGCACUCCUACUGAAGGAGGGUGUGGACAAAGUCCUUUGCGAAUCGCUCCAGGAUCAAAGGAAGAAUGUCAGAAGGCAGGUCACAAGGAGGAAAGCUCCAGUGGAAGCUAUGUUCGAGAAUCCCGAGUCGGCGAACGUAAUCAAGCUAGACACAGAAGAAAACCUCAUAAGACAGCUUAGGCUUAAGCUUGAAAGGCUCAAUGAGCAGAUCUCAGCGAUGCUGGCCACCCCGGGGAACGAGGAAGAGCGAACCAAACAUGACGCCUUCAUGGAUCGAGCGAUGGAGUAUGAAGAAACGAUUUUCGAGAUGCUUGCGAAGAUCGAAUUCCUGAGACGUGGCCCGGGCGAGGACGCUGCCGCGCCAAGCACCAGCGCGACUCAAGAUAAGCCGCAUCCUGCGGAUCAAGACAAAUCCGCCAUUACGGUAAUCAAGGAUGUCAUCGUGAAGCAACAGGAUAAGAUCCCAAAGUUCGCAGGCGAUGCCAAGAAAUUCCAGGAAUGGUUCGAGUUAUUCGGGUCCGCGACGACCACGUGUACGUCACCAUUGGAAAAAUUUAAAAGACUGAAAUCAUCGUUAGUCGGCAGCGCCCUGAAGCAGAUUUCGCACCUUCACCUCAAGGAGGAACUCUAUCAGAGGGCAAUCGACAUAAUCAAGGAUGAAUACGGGAGCGUAUUCUCGGCUCAGUACGCCUACGCUUCGGAAUUGAUCAACAACUGCAACUCUAGGACCUUCAAAAACCCAGAUAAGUGGCACGCGUUGAUUCCGGUGAUCGCACAAAAUAUUAGAGCUCUCAAGACCCUCAUAGAGGGAUUCGAUGGCGCGGCGGUCAUGAUAUUGCCGAUCAUUCUCGACAACCUUCCAAGCUCGGUUAGGGACGCCUUUCUCAGAGUCCACGAAGUAUCGAAGUCAGAUGAGGCGAACAAACAGUUAGACGCGCUGCCAAGAGAUAACCAUUCAUUUUACGGUAAUCAAGAAUCCCAGGGCAAUCAUGCAUGUCUAUUCUGUGGCCUCAAAAACCACGCGUCACAAAAAUGUAGAAAAGUUCUCUCGAGCUCAGAGCGAGCGGAAAUCGUGCGGAAAACCGACGCAUGCGCGAAAUGCUUGAGGAGGAACCACGUGGCGUCGAAAUGUCGCUUGAAAACGACAUGCAGGUUUUGCAGAGGAUGUCGCAACUCGUUAUUGUGCGAAAAAUCUCCAGACGCCAAAGUGACGUCUACCCUCAUGGGCGCAUCGAACAACGCGGAAUGUAACGAAUCGGACCACGAGGCUCGAGGAGAUAUCACCGAGCACAUGCGAGGCAAUGCGAACCUCGCUACUGGCUAUGCCUAUGUUGUAAAAGGCCCUAUCGUCGAGCUCCGACGGUUACUGCUAGACAUCGGUUCUCAGAGAUCUUACAUCACUGAGAAAUUAGCCAAAUCCCUGAGAGCUAAGGCGAUCAGUAAGGAGCAUCUGAUCAACCAUACGUUGGGCGGCCAGGCCUCGGAGGUGGAGCAAUAUUCCAACUACGAAAUUACCAUUAGGAGCCGUUUCGAGCCCAACGCGUCGUUUUCCAUAGUGUGUCUGGGGAUACCAGUAAUCACGAGAACCGUCUUCCCACCCGCGGGGAAAUUGACCUGUGAUCUGGAUUAUGCGGAUAGAGUUUCCGACCCCGUCCACAAGAAUAUAGAUAUCCUAAUAGGGAACGAUCACAUCGGAAAAUUUUGGCUCAACGAAUCCAGAUCCGAAGGAUCUUUGAUCGGGUUAAGAACACGCCUCGGCUGGUUUACUUUCGGAAAGAAAGAAGUACCGAGCCCAUGCACGACAACGCUCAGCGUUGGUCAAUUACGAGCGUCAGUCUCUACCGAAGAGGCCUCGAGAGCACUCAAUGUAGAAGAGACUACCGACGCGUUAGGGACCCCCCGAGAUAUUGAAUUUAUGUUCCGUUCGGAGCUAUCGGGGAUAGAGCCGCCAGAGGGAAACGAAGCCGCGAUCGAAGCGAAAAAAUACGACGAAAUAUUCUUGAAGGGCAUCAGGAGACUUCCGUCGGGAAGGUACUCACUGAAACUCCCAUUCAAUGAUAAAAUUCACGUGCUGGGAGACAACGAACAACUGGCUCAGAUAAGGCUGAAAACCCUAAUUUCUAGGAGCUCGCCAGAGAUUCUCAAGGCAGCAGACGAUGAAGUAGCGAGCUAUAUAAGGAGCGGGUUUGCGGAAAGGGCCCCAGAGAGAAAGAAAGGGGAAUUCGCACACUAUCUGCCCAUUCAGGUGGUGAAAAAACCUGCCCCAGAAAGUGAAUUGGGCUUCAAGAUCAGAUUGGUCAAGGACGCUGGGGCAAGGUCGAAGGAUUUGGCAUCCUUGAAUGACGUGCUCAUAGCCGGUCCUAACCUGCUACCCAACAUACUCAGGGUCCUGGCGAGAUUCAGAAACUCCCCCAUCGUGAUCAUAUCAGAUAUAGAGAAGGCUUUUCACCAGUUCGAGAUAGACCAAUCACAUCGUACGUUCCUCAGAUUUUUCUGGCGACCGGGUAUAUCAACCAAUCCAGACGCCCCCUUGAGACAAUUCUGGUCUAAAAGACUAGAUUUCGGGCUAAUAUCCUCACCAUGGCUGCACCAGGCAGGUCUCAAAUACCACCUGGAGUUCAUGAAACGAAAAUACCCGAACGAAGCAGAAUUUAUCGAUGAGAUAAUGUACUCAGCGUACAUGGAUGAUCUAUCAUUCUCGGCAAAUAGCAUAAACGAGGCCAGAGACAAAGCGAAGCGCUGCGAGGCAAUUUUCGCGGCCGCUAAAUUCCCUUUGAGGAAAUGGGCUUGCAACAAUGUUGAGUUGGCGAGAAUGCUGGAGCAUGACUUCGCAGAUCAGAACAUAAGCGUCCGAGUCGAUGAGAGCGAUUUUAAGUUCUUGGGCGUGCGAUGGUGCCAAGUCUCGGAUACGCUGGGAGUCUUUGUCGAUAGGGCAGUUCAGAGCCUGAGAGAAG